UCAAACAUUCCCAUUGGCUAACGUCGUGACGUCAAGACACGAGCACACAGUCCUUAGUCACAUGAAACGUUUCACUGCAAGGUUUAUGCACCGUUUUCCUGGCAUUCUGCAGUGAAAGUACUUACCAUUAGUACUGAAACUGCUCUAUAAUCUGCAGGAAGUUUAAAAACUCAACAUGGACGAGGACGGGCUGCCUAUUGUGGGUUCUGGCGUCGAUCUUACCAAGGUCCCUGCUAUUCAACAGAGAAGAGUCGUUGCCUAUCUCAAUCAGUUUGUUGUGCACACGGUCCGGUUCCUGAACCGUUUCUCCACAGUGUGUGAAGAGAAACUCGCAAACAUAUCUCUUCGCAUACAGCAGAUUGAAACAACCCUGUGCAUUCUGGAAGCAAAGCUGUCCUCCAUUCCCGGGCUGGAGGGCGUCACGAUAGAGGGACUCGGUCAGCGGCAACCUGCUCAGGCCAAUGGACCCACUACUGCCAGUCAGAACCAAACAGGUGGUCCACCAGCAGGGACCCUGCCCCCCCCACAGCCCACUCAGGCUGCACCAGAGCCUGCAACGACACCAAAAGCUGAAGCAGCUGCAGAGGAUGUCAUGACAGUGGCCAAGGACCCACGUUAUGCCCGAUACCUGAAAAUGGUUCAAGUGGGAGUUCCAGUUAUGGCUAUAAAGAAUAAAAUGGUCCUGGAGGGUUUGGAUCCUAACUUGCUUGACACACCAGAUGCCCCCGUGCCUGACAGAGGAGUGAGGAGCACUGAGGAGCACGAUGCCGCUGUCACCAGCUCUGACAGCGAAUCAUCUUUCAGUGACUGACAUCCGUCCCCAUCACCCACAAAGGUUCCUGUAAAGGCCAUCCAUCGCUACUCUGAGCUUCUGUAGGCCUGUACGGAGGAGACGUAGGUGGCAGUGUUCCUGUAAGUGAGUGCCAGUCAGAAGGUCGAAAUGUAAGUGCCUGAAACAGGAAACUCCAAGUAGAGCGAUUGUAAUUUCAGUGGAACAGCGUUGAAACAGUUUUGCUUACAAUUGGUCAGUGACCUCCUCAGUUUUGAUACAUUUUGCAUUUUUGACUAAUUCAAAAAGAGGGAAUAAUUAUCCCUGUUGAUAAUGUUAGUUAUGAGAAUUCAGAACAUGGAAGUAGCAAGUUGGGGGGGGAGGUUUGUACAAAAAAGUGUGGAACGUAAUUGCUCUUCUCUUUGGUUGUCACACUACUAUCUCAGUCUAAUGCCUUUUAUAGAGAUGCACUCAUCCGUUGAAAGUUAUUCAAAAAUGUGGAUACUUUUUGAAUGUUUGGCAUAUGCAUUGUAAUUCUGUGUGUUAAGACCAGGGGAAAAAAAAUAUCACCAUGAUCUUUGUGUCGAUCUAUUGUAUAUCAUAAUACCAGUUUAAUAGGAAGGAAAAUCACGGGUCUUUUAGCAUGACAUUUUUUUAAAUCCUAAAAUUCCAUCGUUAUGAUAAAAUUGUUCCAACAAGUUGCAGUUGAGCAUCAAAGUGUUCCAUUGUUUAACGUUUGUCAACCACAACAGGGAAGGUGGAAAUUGUCUUUUUCACAGUGAUCACCAAUAGUUACAGGUGGCCAUGUUUUGAGGAACAAAAACUACAGUACAUUCUGUGUAAGGCCGCUUUUGCUUUUUGCACACUUUAUUGUAUCAUAAGAUGGAUUGUUUUCAACUUUUGGGCAUCAAUUUACACACAAUGAUAUUAAAGCAUAAACAUGUUAUAACUCUGAUUCUCACGGCGCUGCGGUUUUGUUCCGUCCUUCGCCAUACCACACCGGGAGCGUCUCAGAAGCGGAGCGCCUUGCUGCCCAAUUCGCCGAUUUUAUUGGGUAACACUUGAAGGUAUCUACAUAAGAGUGACAUGACACAGUCAUGACACAUGAACCAAAACCCUAACUUGGCAUGACAACACCGAUUGACACUUACUGAAAGAAGCGGUAUGUCAUAAACGCUUAUGACUUGUUUAUGUUUUAUGACACGUUCAUGACAGCGUUAUGUCAAUCUUAUGUAGAUACCUUCAAGAAAGGUUUAGCCUUUUAUUGUCUCUACAAGUCCUUUACAGGUCAAUCGUGUGCUUAUUAAGCUAGUUUCCACCUUCCACUCCAAGCACUCCUGCGGUUAAACUCCAUGCCUUCUCCUUUCUGGUGUUCUCCUUAUAAAGAAAACAAAUCUGUAAAACAUAGACGAUAUUGGGGGUGGGGGGGGUCUUUUGGUACAUUGACUGGAUAGUCUCGCUGUUUCACUUCCUGUCCUGCUGUCCAAACGGAAGACUUCUGAGACACACCGUGAUGCGGCUGGUGGAAUAUUGAGUAUUGACUUGAAUGUCAGCGAUGGUACGCAGACGCGCCCGGGGGAAAAUAUGGUUUGGAUGUUUUUUUGCAAACGUAUUAUGAAGCUUGAAUGAAGAAUAACAAACUUGCACUAAGAGGGAAAUCUGUGAUAAACACCACUUGUCAGAACAUGUAAACUGCGGGGGGUUUGUGUUGCUAUGUUGGUUGUAUCAACUUAUCAUGACAAUGAUCAUGACUUGUAAUUACAUGCCUAAAAAUGUAAAAUAUGAAAGUCGAGAAUGCUUUUGUAAAAAAAUCAGUAUUCAUAAGAUUUCUAUGUCCGAAUGUUACACUAUGACUGUGAAAAAUCUGUGGAGGAAUCUGGAAAGCACUUUGUGUUCAAAAGCAAAAAGUUUUGGAUCUGUAAUAAACUCACACGGUUUGCUUCAAUAAAAAGUACCUUUUAUUUUUCAGCUCAGCAAUCAGGACACACAAUACAUAUUUGUAUACAUACUUGUAAAUACAGUAUCUGUAGUGGACGGGUCAAUAAUCUGUGUUCAUGUGAUCACUAUUACAGCCAAGGACUUUCUCUUUGGAAUACUGGAUGUCAGUCCCGUCUACUAAUCACCACUUAUAGACAAAGAUCUACAAAGGAAUGCUCCACUGGUCUACUGGCU